AAUUCAAACACUUGCUUGCAAGGAUCGCCUGGCCUCCCUGGACGUAACGGAGUAAAUGGAUAUAAUGGGUUACCAGGCCGCGACGGCCGAGAUGGUGCAAAAGGAGAAAAUGGCGUGGCAGGUCCCUCUGGAUCACGUGGUAUGAAGGGAGAAAUGGGACCAAGUGGAACAGAUACUGAUCACAGAACUGGAAACAGUGCGCGUGGAAGACUAAUGAUGGUCGUGAUAUUGGACUGAUUAAGGUUGGUUGAUUUUUGCUGUCUGUGGUUCGUUUAGAUUUAUCAUUAGCUAGUGUAUCUCCCAAUGAUGACAUAUAUCCUCAUACGACUUAUUAUCCAGUGGUAUUUUUACAUAGGCGAAAAAAGGUCUUUUAAACAGACAUGGAAAUAAUCGGUGUUCCUGUUCUUGCAGGAUUGUCAGUUCACUAAAACCAAGGAUGAUACUGCCCUCCGUGUUGUUUACCAGGGUAACGUCUAUGUGGGAGGGUGUGCUAACUGCUGUAAGCGAUGGUUCAUCACUUUCAACGGAGAGGAGUGCAGUGGUCCCCUGCCUAUUGACGCAGCGUUGUGGAUCCGAAAUAAAGACGAAGACAACCACAGACCCGGGUUCAUUGAGGGCUACUGUAACAACAUACACAAGGGCAAAAUCCGAGUUGGAAUCAAUAUUGGAAAUUGUGCAGGAUAUGGAAACUCCAAUGGCUAUACAGGCUGGAAUUCAGUGUCCCGUUUGAUCAUUGAAGAAGUCCCUCGUUCCCAGUGACACGCUAAAAACCACGAUAGUUAGUAAUAUUGCUGACAAAAUCUGUUGAUUAGUAUUUGAAUUGAGCUAAACAAUAAAAGGGCUAAGAUAUAGGGUAGUUUUGAAAACGUUUGCAUGUAAAACAAGUCAGUUUAAAACCCGCAAUAACCUGAUAAGCACGUUAAUUGUAUAGAUAUCGACAUGCCUCUUUAUGCUGAAUUUCUGGUUUUGUACUGAAUGAAUUCUUGAAAGAUUGUGUCACCGCUUCACAGUACACCUCUUAUACUUACAAGAUCUUCACCUUUUUUUGCAUUUUGUAGUCAAGGGCAUCCUUUUCAAUUCAAGUGUGAAAGGGCUUGCGCUUCCGCAAAUGAGAGGCAUUUGCCUCUUCUGAAAAUCGUCGCAAAAAUUUGUCUUCAAUUACCAAUUUUUAUAUUGGGAAACGCCACUGUAUCAUGAAAAAGCAUUCUCCUGCAAAGAACAAAGAUCAGUCAAAGUACCUUAAUCUGCUAAUUUUCAUUAGAAGACUCAGGGACUUCCUAGCGCUUUCAGUCAUCCUCCACUGCUUCGACGCGCCCAGGUCGCGUUUACAAUUUAUUUAUUGGCGACGUUAGAAAAAAUUUUGUCCAGCCCUAGGCAACAGAAUUUUGAAAACUGCAAAGUUCUUAAUACAUAUCAUCUCUUAAAAUACGCUACGGUAGAAACCCCGCUAACUUGAACUCUGAAGGGAAACGGAAAACUGUUCGAGUUAGCGAGGGUUCGAGUUAUCGGGGUCGAUUGAAAAAUUCAAUUUGCCGUCUUAAAAUUAAUAGUUACUGGUUUUUUAGCUCUUCAGUGUAUAGUGUGGUGCAAAUCUAACUUAUAUCACCAGAAACAGUAGAAAGAUUAACCAUUUUUAGUGAUAAAAAGUGAACUGUUCGUUGCACCAAUGAAAAUCAAACUGCUGUUACAGACAAAGGUUAGUUUAAAUGUUUUUACCCCCAUACAACAAGAAGAAUCAAUGGAUUAUGACAUCCGAGCGGAGUUACAAGAAACCACAAUUCGAGUUAUCGGGGUAAACUUUAGUGAAUUAUUGAUCAGGGGAAAGGAAAUUAAAGUUAAAGGGAAUUCGAGUUAUUCGAGUUCGAUUUAACCGAGUAAAAAUGACUGACGGAAAAGUGGGGUUAAAUCCAAGGGAGAUUGGAUAUAGUUCGAGUUAGCCGGGAGUUUGAGUUAUUCGAGUUUGAGUUAGCGGGGAUCUACUGUAUUUGUUUUGUGCACUAAACAAAGCCAGUAAGACAAACGGUUGAAUAUCUAUUACGGACGGUUUGAUCCGGAUCAGGAUCAGAGAUCCGAGAUCACUCGAAUGAAGAUGCAUCACGGGAACCGAGGAAACCAUGAUCCGAGUGGUUUCGGAUCACUAAUACUCAUCCGGAUCAUCCCAAAAGCACUCACCCUUAGAAAACGAGGAAAAUAAUCGCUUAUGUUUCGACCAAGUUUUUGUCUCACAUAAAUCUAGUAUAUAUUAGCUGCGGGCGGCAAGAGGAGCCCGCAGACUAUUCGUGGUUAGCUAGUUUUAGUAACGCGCAGUAUAACGCUUCCUGAGAAAAAAUCUUGUUUGCCUUAGGGUUGAUUUCCACUGUCGCGUAGUUUUUACGUGCGUAGGUGCGUAAAUUUUACGUUCGCAAAUAAAAUAGAGGCAGUGUAUGAAAGGUCGCUCGUAAGCGUAAAAGUAAAACCUCGCUCAACUUCACAUUUAAUCUCAACACUUUACAUGUUGGCCCUUUUUUUACGUGAUUAAAAUCAACGUGCGUUAACGUGCGCAGCCAAAAACGCGUCAGUGGAAAUCAACCUUUACUCGUCCCUGCUCCGUGGGACGAGUUGGAGAGAAGUCUGGGAACGAGGUUGGGACAACCCUUAGAUGGAAUUUGAAACGAGUUUGUGCGAGCGGGGUAUAACUGAAAUAUUACCUGAUCAGUCCAUAAUUUUUCGCAAAUCAAGCUCAGCAGCAUGAUAGGUGCUCAAAGGGUAUUGUGUUUUUUCAUACGUUUGAGUACGGGAAAUGCUUUAUUUGAAUCAUGAUCACGAUACUCAGUCAAGUUACAUGACUGAUAUUCAAUGUUAGUAAUGACUUAUGACAAGAGCCAAGCAGCAGGCAAAUUUUCCGAAGCUGGCUUCAUGUUCAUUGUUGAAAUAUAAGAUGAAUUGGAUAACAACAUAAAGUACUGCCAGAAAGCUAGUGAUAAACUCCAAUAAUAAAAAUCCAAGUCUUGGAUUUUAAUUUCUCUCGAUUUUGAAUAGAUUUGUUUCUAAGCCAGAAAACGUACGUAGUUUUGAAUUACAACUGUCGCCUUUGUUACGUGCGUAGAGCUCACUCGCUGGUUAUAAAGCAUAAGCCAAAAGGUUUAUUAACGUGCACCCAUCGAGGAUCUUCAUAAGGCUUGGUCAAUUUCAUGUCACAUGCAUGAUCAAUGAUCAUCAUCAAUUAGUUUAUUUUCGACUGUUUUUCGUGAGUAAAAAAUAAAAUAAAAACCAUUCUUACUGAGAGCAAAUUCAGUUUAUCUUAUUAUUUUAAAACCUUUAGUUACAACGCAGUGGUUUCUCCUCUAAUUUCUUCAAACUCAUAUAACACAGAACUCAAACAAGUGUUUGCAAAGAGCCCCUAAACGUAACGGAGACAUAAUGGGUUACCAGGCCGCGACGGCCAAGAUGGGGCGAAAGGUGAAAAGGGCGUGACAGGGCCCCCUGGUGAGAAGGGAGAAAGGGGAUCAAGUAGAACAGACACCGAUCACUGUGACUGGAAACAGUGCGCAUGGAGGAGUAGCGAUAGUCGUGAUAUUGGACUGAUCAAGGUUUGUUGAUUUCACAGGAUCAAUGCUUUUAAAAGCCCUCUGGGCGAAAAGAACAUUUAACACUAAGUGUACUUGUUUUUUUUUCCGUUACUGUGUCAUGUGGUUCCUUUAGACAAAUCCCUAGUUUGCGUGUCUACCAAGGAUAGCACAUACAUCUAUUUCGAAGUCUGUUCUCUUUUGAACAGACAUAGAAAUAAUCGUUGUUUCUAUUGCUGCAGGAUUGUCAGUUUACUAAAACCAAUGAUGACACUGCUCUCCGUGUUGUUUACCAGGGAAAAGUAAACGUGGGAGGUUGUAACAACUGCUGCAAGCGAUGGUUCAUCACUUUCAAUGGAGCCGAGUGCAGUGGUCCCCUGCCUAUUGACGUAGUGCUGUGGAUCCGAAAUAAGGACGAAGACAACCACAGACCCGGGUUCAUUGAGGGCUACUGUAACAACAUACACAAGGGCAAAAUCCGCGUUGGAAUCAACAUUGGAAAUUGUGCAGGAUAUGGAAAUUCUGAUGGUAACACAGGCUGGAAUUCAGUGUCCUGUUUGAUCAUUGAAGAAGUCCCUCGGUCCCAGUAA